ACCUUCUGCAUCUUCCCGUCCUCGAAGCGGUCUGUCAAGUCGAGUGGGAGGAAAAGCACGUCAUUCGUGAUUCUGGAUCUGCCGAGCACAUCACCAUCAGGAUGGUCCUUGCCGCUGUCGCUCAGCUCACGUCUACCGGCGUGAUUGCCGAUAAUUUGGCAGUCGCUAGCGGACUCGUCAAGCGAGCUGCUGCCUCUGGUGCAAGGGCGCUUUUCUUGCCAGAAGCGACGGACUUUAUCGCCCCUUCGCCAUCCGUAGGAGCUUUGACGCGAAGUGCCCAGGCACGUUCCUUCGUUCCUUAUCUCUGCAAAGAGGCCAAGCAGAGCAAUAUUUGGGUGUCUGUAGGCGUGCACGAAGCUCCUGCUGAGGAGUUGGGCGACAAGGAGAGAUGCUACAACACGCAGGUGCUCAUUGACAAUGAAGGCAAAGUCAGGGAAAGCUAUCGAAAGCUUCAUCUCUUCGAUGUAGACAUCAAGGGUGGUCUGACCAUACUAGAGUCCAACACGACCAUUCCGGGCAAGGCGAUUCCUCGCGUGCAUCCAUCACCGAUCGGCGCGCUAGGACUGCAAACCUGCUACGACAUACGUUUCCCAGAGUCGUCGCUUUCUCUGCGAAGACAAGGCGCGCAGAUUCUGACUUUCCCAUCCGCAUUUACUGUGAGGACGGGCGCCGCGCAUUGGGAGGUGCUGCUCAGAGCCAGAGCUUUGGAUACGCAAAGCUACGUGCUGGCAGCUGCUCAAGUGGGCGCUCAUGAAGGUACCAAAAGAGUCAGCUAUGGGCAUGCCAUGAUUGUUGAUCCUUGGGGAAGCAUCGUAGCCCAAUGCAGCGACAUGCAACCUUACAAACCGACGCUUUGCUUCGCGAAUAUAGACCUUGAUGCCCUGACAAGCAUGAGGACGGAGAUGCCCUUAUGGGAUCAACGACGUACCGAUGUGUAUCCCGAGCUCUGAAGAAACUCGACACUUGGGUGCCGUGCGUUUCAUUCUGAAGAGAUGACAUUGUAUGGAUGAGCCCAUCGUACAUCAUCAGAUGAACGGCAGACCCGUUCCUACGCGCUUGGCAUAUUCCUCGUAGUCCUUUGGAAAGAAUUGCUUCAGCGAGUAUUCUUCUCCUACUAUUCUGUGUCUAAAGAAUCGCCAAAGUGUGACCGCAAAGACACAGAAUGCGAGAGGAUUGCCGAGGAGGAGUUGAGUGCCUAAAG